CCGUGUCUGUCAGGUUUGGAACCUGUUCCGGUUCACACUGGCUCGGACCAGGGUGUUAAAUUCGUGCUGCUUUGCGAUGGCGAAGGUCAACUUUGAUAGUUUAUGAGUCAAGGACAUGAGUUCACCUUGUGUGAAGCUUUAACUGUCACCUAAAAUUAAGUUUUCCUUUGGAGACGGAGCAGCUAUCAGCAUGAAGACAAAGGAGGAGAUCGUGUCCUCUCUGAAGCAGUUUGACGUUGGCAACAGGUUCUCCCAUGUGUCGGUGUUUCCUAAAGCUUCCGUGUUGAUCCCGUUGUUUGUGAGGAAAGGGGAGCUGUGCACCUUGAUGACCCAACGCUCGGAGCAGCUGAGGACCAGUGCUGGCGAGGUGUGUUUCCCAGGUGGGAAGUGUGACCCUGGUGACACAGAUGAAGUGGCCACAGCACUGAGAGAGGCACAGGAAGAGAUCGGUUUACCACCCGAUCACGUGCAGGUGGUCUGUAGACUGUUCCCCAUCAUCAGUAAGUGGGUCUGCCUGUCACCUUUGUUUCCACAGAGUGGCCUUAUUGUGACCCCGGUGAUUGGGUUCAUUGACGAGGCAUUUCGUGCCACUCCAAAUCCAGCAGAGGUCAGCGCAGUGUUCACAGUGGCCCUGGACUUUUUCACCAGCACCAAGGACCACCAUGCUGCCGAUGAUGCUACUGAAACAGCGGGACAAUUGCACUUUUUUUACUUUGAGGACCCCGAUACAGGAAGAUGUUAUCACAUCUUGGGUCUGACGGCCAUGUUUGCCAUAACAGUUGCAGCCCUCGCUCUGAGAAAAAAGCCAGAGUUUGAAAUCGAUUUUGACAUAAAGAAGCCGUUGUCUUUCUUUGAACAGCUUUUAAUCAGAAGAAUGAAUAAACUUUAGCGCUAUUUCAUGUGGAAGUGGCUACAUUUACAGAAAUCUGCUCUGUGUGAGCCUGAUCCUGUCGGAUCCCAGGAGCUAAGCAGAGUGGGUCCUGGUUAGUACUUGGAUAGGAGACCUCUUCAGAAGACCAGGGGCUGUGUGUGUUUCUCCAGGUAAAACUAGAGCUGGGUCAGGAAGGGCAUCCCGCGUCAAACUUGUGCCAAAUCCCAAUGUGAAUCGAUGCUGGAACUGCUGUGGUGACCUGAACAAACAAGAGCAGCCACAAGGUAUAUAUAUAUAAAAAAAUAAAAAAAACCCCAAAAAACUAUUUACCCGGCAACACAAUCUAGACUCCUUCACCCACCCGUUACUCUGUUACCUCAUAUUCCAAUGUCAGUGCAACCUUGCAGGAUGUGCAAAGCAGCAUGGGAAUGAGAAACAGUCGUACCAGUUAUAGCUUGGUACCAUUUCUUUCUGUAGGGACUUUGUUUCCUUCUGUUAUCAAACCAUGCAUAUUAGCUUGACCCUAGUUGCUCCUUCUUGUUGUAGAACAUCUAACUUAUUAAAUUGGGUUAAAAGCAGAUUCUUGUCAUCAAGUCAAUUAUUCUGGUAAUUCUGACAAUAGAAAGGGACACGAGAUUAAGUUUUGUAUUUUCAUAUUCAAAUCCGUGGCUGUUUGUUCAUCUCCUCAUGUUGCAUUUCUGCACCAAACAAUCCCUGUCGGAGCAGCAAAUUUUUGAAAAAGUUCUCAAUUCAAGACGUCACACUCGACAGAUUAUCAGUGCUGUUGUGCGAUCAGAUCAUUUGUAAUUUGUGUCCUGCGUCUGCUCUCCUGCAAUCCCUCUCUGUAAAGCAGCAUGAGUUAAUAGGUUUGUCCAUCCUGAAUAAUUUAUUUUGGGGGAAAGGAGGCACAAUUAGGCAGGAGAAAGUUUAAUUUAAUUAAGCUCUACUCAUUUAGCAUUUUUACCUAGAAAUGUGUUUCAUCUGUAUGUUGAUGGCCUUCUCCAUGUGAAUACAGACAUCCAAUAGUUGCAGACCCAAAAUGUCAUCAUCAUGUCCAUCUUUGUCUACAGUGCCAGUUUGGUGAGGUAAUGGUUCUUCAGGAGAGACCUAUUUUUUGGCUCCUCUUUGAUCCCUUAGCAGUAGCUUUGAUAUGGAUUUGCAUGUUGAUUUGGCACAUUUUAUACCCAGAUGCUCUUCCUGCUACAACUCCAGAUAUACAUGGAAAAUGAGGCACAGCUGGCCUUCAACCAGGAGACCAUUCUGGCAACUAGUGGACUAAGCUCCUGUCACUGUGCUGCCCUCCAUGAGGAGGCAUUUUUCAAUGUUUCAGCAGACUUAUGAAAGAGGACACAUGCAGGUUGGAUUGUUAUGUCAUAUUUGACAUCAGAAACAGAUGUUUUCUUUAUGACAGAAUGGAAUAUUGGAAGAGGAUACACCAGUGUUUUUUUUGGGGGGGGGGAUGUAAAGGGCUUAUGAGGGAUUGUUUAAUUUAUGUUUAAAAUAGGAUUUAACUUGUUGCUACAACUGUACAAUCUUUGUGUGAAAUGUUAUGUAAAUAGUGUAAUUUAAAAUAGUUUUCCAACAAAUGUUCAUAAUAGCUAGAGCAUCCAAAAUCUGGAGUGAAAAGAAACAACCCCGCAACAUUUACACUUAUUUAUUUAAUGUAGCAGCAGAAUUACAGAUAUAAACAGAAGAGUAUACAAAUGUCCAGAUCAAAAGGCAAAAGUACAUGUUAAUAAUAGUUCAGAUGUAUGAGAACACAAUGGGCUUGACCUUUUAUCCCUACUGUAGGUUCUUAAGGCUAAAUACGAAAGCUUGCGCUACACAGAACAAAUACAACUGAAUUCUUGAAGUUGAAAUAGAAAGCCAAGUAGGAAACAUGAGCAAACUGAUAACACACACACACACACACGAUACAGCUCACACUACUGGCAAAUAGUUAAACCAUGGUUGGCAUCUUUUGACCAAGCAUGUCACAGCAACAAUAGCAAUGUUGACAAGCACAGCAACACAAGAAAGCUCUCUGCUACAACAAUCUCAACGGUCUUGUCCCUUUUACCUCACGUACAAAUCUCAUGAGGCUUGGGGGGGGGGGGGGGGGAAAGGUAGACAAUCCACUGGGGAAGCUGCAAAAUAACCACAUUAAUGAUAAUCACUGAUAUCUUGCAAGUGAUGCAUGAAUUUAUAUAGAUAUGGUUGUGUAUUUUAAAGUAAAACUUCAUUGCUAAUAAGUGGCCAAAUCUUCAGUGGUCCUGGAGAAUAAAAAGGACAAAGAGCCAAAUAGCUGUGACACUGAACGGACACCAGUAAACGGCAGAGUUAAUGUUUUCAGUUAUCAAGGCACACAGAGUUCUGUUGAAAGCAUCACAAUUAAAAUUCAAGAUACCCCUGCAGUAUAUUUCACAUUUAAAUAUACACGCAUAUUCAUUUACAUGACUGAAAGACAAACCAGAUUGUGUAAAGACGUGUGCUAUCAUUACCAUUUUGUUUAAAACAAACAAAAAAAAAUCACUUCAUGUGUUACUUGAGGUGAAAGUGGCUUUUUAAGUCAGACCGAACAGAGCGUGUUGGACCGCUCACAAUGAAACAUGAAAUUAUGCCAUAAUCUGGGACAAUCUGACGAUAUAGUUUGUGCCAUCACCCCCAUUCUCAUCUGCCUCAAAGAAAGUUGUUUAAAACUGUAAUUGGUCCGAUGUUGGAUGUAAGUCUACAUCAUGAGGUAAAAAUUUACAUUCAAACUGAAGUCACAGCUUGGCAUUCUGUGUUGCUAUGGCUUAAAGAGGCGUUACCGUUCUGCAUCUUCCAAAACCUCAUGUGCUAUUAAAACUCUCCUCUCCUUGAGAAAUGUGAAACGCCUGGGAACGUGACUAUUGAGCUGACCUGAUCUACAGUUAAUGGAUGAGUCAAAGUGCUAUUUAUUUAUGAUGUAUGACCAAAA